AUGGCAAAAGAAACAGAAAAGCCAGAUCACCAAGAGCAAUUAGUAGUAAGCAAUCAAGCCAUAAGCCACAGAAGGGUUUCAAGCAUGAACAGGAAGCCAAACAAAAAAAGCCUGCAAAGUCUAGAAGGAAGCUUCAAGUACCUGACUUUCAAGCCAUUACCAGAAAAUGAUCGGGUUUUAAAGCGACAGGUUCGGAAGGGGCGGGCCUAUGCUCCUUGGGCCCCGCCCCAACCUGGUACUCGGGGGCGGGGUUACGAGUCAGGGGAGGGGCCGGAGCGCGAGUUGGUGGCGGUUUUUUCGACCCCGCGGUUCGGUAACCUUGGCAGCCAGAGCCGGCUUUCCGGGCCCGACCGAGCUGAGAGUUUUGUGAGCCGUAACAGUGCCUUCUGCCGGAAAAAGAGGACAGGAUGCUCUGGUCCUUUCCUUUUCAAUCAGUUAUGGGGUGGUAUUAUUCACUCCCUUCAGACUCAAGUGGAAAUAAAAAGGAGACAUCAUUUAUGAACAUACAAAGACUAUUUUACUGGUUCUGUUGCUGUUGAUGUAGUAUUAAGUCAUCUUAUGCAAAAUACAUGCCUAAGUAGCGAUGACACCUCUCUCAAAGGAGUUUGUCUUUGCCAUGUUUUAAUGAACAAAGUAUUUGAACUAGUAGGAAUGAAACUAUUGAAAAAUGAAAAGGAAUUAGAAUUUGAAGAUUCAAACAGUAGUCUCUACAGUUUUCUAGACAAUAAAUCAUCUUAUGUUUUUUGCAAAAGAAGAAAAGGAUUCUGGGAAUGGAAAGUCCACAUAUUAUUUCUUAACAGACCAGGAGAUGAAAUGAUUUCAAAUCCUCUAGCACAAGAGAUUGGUGAGGAAAGAAUAGAGGAACCUAUUCAUACAAUGAGUGGGAAUAUGGCUUUACCUCCAAAUAUCAUAGUUGAUAAACCUGUUCUCUCACUUUCAAAAAAAGGCGUUUCCUUCUACAUCUACAUUAUAUCACACAAGACAGAUGUUUGGAAACAACAGACAUUUCUAUAUAUUUUUUGACCUAUUCACCUUCCAUUCUUGGAAAAUAUUUUGAAGCCUCCUGUUAAAACACAAAAUCUUCAAUUAAGUGAAGAGGAGGAUCUUAUUCUCUCAAACACUUGUCUAGACAAAGAGGUUAUUCUAAGCUUAUGUUUACCUGAAAUUGACAACUGGUUUAUUAAUGCAGCAAUUAAAUGUUGCUAUUUCCCUGACCAGUUAUAGUUAACAGUUAUUCAGCAGUUAGUACAAAAGGAAAAGACAGGAUUGAGUAUACAGAAGAAGAUACUCUUUGAUGUUGUAGUAAAAUACUAUAAUCAAGAGAGAGAUUGCCUAUUAACUGAUGAGUAUUCCGAUAUUCAGUUAGGACUUAUUGAACUUUUAGGGCUACUUACCUUUAUGCCUAUUGUAUCAGAACCUAAUACCCUCAAGUUACAGAAACAGUAUGAUAACAAAACAGUGGUCCUGAAAACUCUUGUCAAAGCAGUUUUGCAAACGAGAUCAUUAUUAAAAGUAUGGGCAGAACAACUAGUCUGGUUUUUACUGAAGUAUCACUCUGAGAUAUUCAAGAAUCCAGUUACUUUAUUGGAUCUGGGUAAGAAACUUAAGAAGCUUCUACAUGGAGAAGAUCCAGAUGCCAUAUCAGGUAGGGCUGAUACUAGUAAUACUUACACACCUAGAACUGAGGUUACUGAAGACUUAACGAGGAAAAAGUACAAAAAGUUCGGCACAUGGUUUCACAUUUUGCCAACACUUGACAAAGAGUUUGGAGAAAAAAGGAAAGGACAGUAA